CAACGAUUCUCCAAUGAGAGAUAUGACGGGCUGAUCUCAACACGGACCACGGACGUCAAAAACACGUCAAAAUUUUAUCAUCUCUAUUCGCAAUUUGUUUGUUUGUCUAUAAUAAGAGAAUUUAGGCCGACAAAAACGAAGCCGAUAAUUUAAUGUGACUUCGCCCCACAUUUGUGUUCUCCAAAUUUAAUGCUUUUACGACUCACCGCAGUACGAUAUUAGAUGGCAAAAUCCAAUUUGAGUGACGUCUUAGCCCGAAGAUAAUUAGUGAAGUCGCCAGACCACAGCAAUAAUUAAAGGCGAAAUCAUGUCUAGGUCUUCGGGUCCAGGCAGUUCGAUUGAAUUCAGGAACACAUUCACACACUCGCCGCCAAUAAUGGAUCCGUACGAGGACGGUGAUGGACCUGCAGACAAAUGCGGCUACUACAGAAAUAACCAUACGAGGAUAUUUACGUCGGUUUAUGAAGGAAUUCCAGAAAAUUUGCUUCUCAACUUCCUGUGUUGGCUGGUUUUGAUGGUGCUCUUUGCCAUAUUAAGAAAGCGAGCUUGGAAUUAUGGGAGGAUAGCUCUAGUGCAAAAAUCAGAAGAGAGGUGGACCCAACUGUUCUAUGGCAACGAUGUGAUUACAAGUUCCUCGGCACCUGACGCCGAGUCUGUUGCCUCGGUCGAUUCAACCUUGUUUGUUGAAAAAGGCUUUGGCAGCUGGCUGUUUGCGGUCUUUAGAAUCAAAGAUGACGAUAUUCUGCGGAAAAGUGGUCCUGACGCCAUCCAGUACCUGUCUUUUCAGCGGCACGUCAUCUUUUACAUGAUCAUUGUGACCUUCAUCUCCUUGGCCAUUGUUUUGCCCAUCAAUUUCCAAGGCACAUUGCAGGGUGAUGAGAAAACCUUUGGCCACACCACUGUCAGCAAUUUAAGCCCCGAUUCCGAGUGGUUAUGGGCCCAUGUUGUUCUGGCUGUGCUUUACCUUCCACUUGGUAUUUUUGUAAUGAGGAGAUUUUCCGUCUCAAUGCACUUGGAGGAGGAGGAUUCUCACGUAUCAAGGACCUUGAUGAUCACAAACAUUCCCAGGCAAUAUUGUGACAAGGAUGAUUUGCAGAAGCAUUUCAGAGAGGCGUAUCCGCAUAUUGAGGUGAUUGACAUCCAGCUGGCUUACAAUAUUACCAAAGUCAGUCAAUUAGAUAAAGCCAGAGAAACUGCUGCUCAAGCCAAGGUUUACUGCGACAACUACAUAAAAAAUACUGGGAAGAAUCUGCACAUGCGCCCCCAUAUUUGUGGAAAUGUUUGCUGUUGUUGCAAAAAAGAGGUUGAUGCUCUCGAAUAUUACUCUAAUGAAGAAGAGCGUCUGAGCCAUGCUGUUGAAGAUGAGAAAGAAAAGGCUUUGAAGAAGCCUCUUGGUGUGGCUUUUGUAACCUUGUCCACUAUCGAAGAAGCUCGUCAGAUUUACGAAGACCACACCACCUCCUGCAAAUGUGCUGCAAACCCAUCGUCGUCGAGCCUGAGCAGAAACCUUCAACCACAUGUGUGGACUGUUGAUUUUGCUCCUAUGCCACAGGACAUUUAUUGGGAAAAUCUCUCGGUUUCGUCAAAUUUCUGGUAUCUGAAAGCUACCAUCAUCCACCUGAUUUUGUUUAUUGUUCUUUUCUUCCUCACCACCCCUGCAAUUGUGGUCAACAUGCUCGACUCCUUGAACUUCUCCAACGAGCUCCAGAAAAUGAGCCCAGUUCUGUCCGAAUUCCUGCCCACACUCCUUUUGUGGACAGUUGCUGCUCUGAUGCCAGUUUUGGUUUCGUAUUCAGACCAGUGGCUCUCGCACUGGACUAGAUCAAAGCAGAAUCAUUCCAUAAUGAGAAAAACAUUCCUGUUCCUCCUCUUCAUGGUGAUUAUUCUACCCUCACUUGGUCUGACUAGUGCCCAGGCCUUUGUGGAGUGGGCCCUUCACCAAAAGAACGAGACUUACAGAUGGGAGUGUCUCUUCUUGCCUGACAAGGGUGCAUUCUUUGUAAGCUAUGCCACCACGUCCGCUUUCGUGGGCACUGCUCUCGAGCUUAUCAGAUUUCCUGAGCUUUUUAUGUAUGCUUUGAAAAUUUGUCUUGCCAAAUCUGCAGCGGAGACGGCAAGUGUGCGAAAAGCCAUCCUCUGGGAAUUCCCGUUCGGCGUGCAAUAUGCUUGGAUGCUUUUGAUCUUUGCCAUGACCAUCAUGUACAGUCUUUCUUGCCCUCUGAUAACUCCUUUUGGCCUCUUGUACCUGGUAUUAAAACAUUUGGUCGAUCGCUACAACAUCUACUUUGCAUACGGCCCUUCUAAAAUUAGCCAAAGCAUUCACGAGACUGCAAUCAUCUGUGUGAUCGCCUCGAUAGUUCUGCUGCAACUCAGUUUCAUGUGCAUUUCCCUGCUUCGACUUGGCUUGAGAGGAAUCACGAUCUUCUCUUUAGCUGGCCUCGUUUUGACCAUUCUCUUCAUGCUGUCCCAUAUUUUCCUCAACUGCUGCAAAGGAUUCAGUCCCAUCACUUAUACCAGGCAGAAAUCAAGGCGCAGACAAAACCAUGAACUGGCUAACUCUCAGCCAACCACUCCAUCCAGACACUUUGUCCCUUCGGUGCUGCAACCGCCAGCUUUGAGUGCAUCCAGAAACACGCCAGGCUACGGCACACAGUCUGCUGACUCAGUGCCUUCUUCUCCUUUAGAUAGAGACCCUGAAGAGACUUUGAGGUUUUACCAAAACAUGGAGAGCAGGUAUGAGCAGGUCUAGUCAUGGACAAUUUUACACCUCUUUCCCUACUAUGACUUUUUUCUUUCUUACAUGUAAUAAUUUAUUCAUCUAAUCUCAAGCCAAAGCACUUCUUCUCUUGUAGUGUUAAAUUCGACUCUAGCAUUUUCUUGUCAAUAUUCAUUCUAGGUGUUUUUAUUUUUUUAUUGCUCUGUUUAAUAUAAUCAGGUUGGUGAGAAACAUCUCAUUUUUGUUUAUGGUUAACAUUAAUUGUUAAGUGAUGAGUUAUUAUUGCAACAUAUUGGAACCUUGCCACCGUUGUUUGAUUAAUUUUGUUGGCUGUUGGCUCAUUUUGUACUAUUAAAUAUUAGUAAUUGUUGAUUAGUUUUGCACUUUGUGCUGUUAGUCUCUGGAAAAUUAGUCUGUUUAUAAAUUAUACACCACUUAUAGCCGAUAAUAACAAAUGAUAUAGUUAAAUAUCCUCCUAUUUAUUAUAUAAUAUAUUUGAGCUGAUAUUCUCGUAACCAUCAUGAGCAAAAUGACUAUGUAACUGAUUUGAAAUGUCUGAUAACUGAGGCUCUAAUCAUUGUUAUGAUAUGUGAUGUGAAACCAAAUUUUAAAAUAAAAAAAUCCGCCAUGCAAUGAAUUAAAACAAU